GUGUCAGAAUUUGAUUCUCCUUUUGUCCUUGUGAGUUGUGAGCAUUGGGAACAAGAGGACCCUGUGUCAGAAUAAAAUUUAUAUAUUUUCCAUCUUUUAGUAGUCCUUUGGUCCAUCCCUAAGAGCAAAACCCUAUUCCACACCAUGAAUCCGAAGCGCUUGUCUUUGAGGUCUAAAUAUACCACUUUUGAAUCUAGGUUCACAAAAGGUUUUCUUCAAGCCUUGCAGAGAAUUAAUAGGCAAAGAUCUAUAUCAUCAUCAACAAAUAUACCUUCUCCUAUGGAGAUGUGUAGAAGAUAUUUGAGUGUUAAGAAUGCUGCUGAUGCUGCCAUGGCCUCAGCAGUUGGGACUAGAAGAGCUUGGAGUAGCACUUUGCUUACGAAGAUUAAUCGAAGCCACAAGGGUUCGCAGAUUUAUAAUUGUUCAGCCAGAAGAACUGACAAUAGUAAGAAGAGGAUGAAGAUGAAGAAGUGUGAUGAUGAGGAAGAGAUCGGUACUAUUUGUGAGGCGGACGAGCUUCGGAAGUUCGUACCAGGUGGGGAAGCCAUGGAUAUUUGCAGCUUGUUGGAUGAGGCUGCGCAUUACAUAAAGUGUCUCAAGACUCAGGUAAAGGUGAUGGAAAAGAUUGCAGAUAUCUGUUCUGCUGUUUGAUCAGCUAUAUAUCAUAUGUUGUUAAUAAUUUUGGAUUGAUUUAUAUAAUAUAUAUAUAUAAUAAUUUUGGAUUGAUGUA